CAAAAAUGACCCAUAAUGAGCAUUCCUAGAGAAAUUGUGAUACAAAAUUGAUCUCAAAUUUAUCCAUCAACUAUGCAAAAUUGAUCCCAAGUUAGUCUCUGAGAUAUUAUUUUGGAUUAAUUUUGAAUAGUCAAGAGAUUAAAUUGGACAAAUGUAAUACUCCAGGAUAAGGUUGUCCAUAUAUAAAUAGUUUGUACUUUUUUUUUGGUUUUAAUCAUAUGUAUAGAAAUUAAAUACAACAACAUCAAGCUUUUAUCCCACUAUGUGUGGUCAGCUACAUCAAUCCUUUUUCUCCACUAUCCUGUUAAGAGUCAAAUUCUUAUUUAUAAUUUUAGGGGGAUUUACAUGCAUACCACUAUAAAUCUGUCAUAUUACAUAUUUAACACCUAAAACUUAAAUAUUUCAUACCUAUCACCUAAACACAAAAUAAACACCAAAAAUACCACUUCGUGUAUUAUAGAGUCACGACGUUAUUCCCUUUCCACUGAAAUUCUCUCUUUCAACAUGCUUCUCUCGGCCCUACUAUGCUUUUUCUCUUGCGUCUCACUUCUAGAGAGUUGUUGCGUACAUUCUCUAUUGCAUCCGACUUCCCUCAAGCUUCAGCGAUUCCAACGAGCAACUUCUUCGCACGCACUGGUUGCUUUGAAGAAAGGCAGUCAAUUGCUCAAAUAUGGUCGCAAAGGGAGACCAAAGUUUUACCCAUUUAGAUUGUCAAAUGACGAAUCAUCACUAAUUUGGUUCUCAAACAGAGGGGAGAGAAGUUUGAGGUUGUCUUCUGUUUCAAGAAUUUUCUCUGGCCAAAGAACAUCUGUUUUCCAAAGAUAUCAGCGUCCUGAGAAUUGUUAUUUGUCAUUUUCACUCUUAUAUAACAAUGGAAGACGGUCUCUUGAUCUGAUAUGCAAAGAUAAAGUUGAAGCUGAAGUGUGGUUUACUGGUCUGAGGGCACUUAUCACAUCUGGUCAAUAUGGACGUUCAAAAAUUGAUGGUUGGACGGAUGAAAGGAAUUCCCUAGAUAGCGACAAGAACUCCAUACCCAGCAGUCCAAGUUAUAGCUCUCUUUCUAACUUAUUGGAUUUUCCUGACAAAAAGCUUAGCAUUUCCAUAGCACGUGAAGGUUCUCAGAAUUUGGCAUGUUUUGAAGGAUCAGAUGUGAGAAGUAUGCAUGUAAAAGGAUCCCCAUCAGAUGCUUUCAGAUUCAGUGUUUCGAGUGUUCCCAGUUCAUCCAGUCAUGGCUCAGCUGUGGACGAUUCUGAGGCUUAUGGGGAUGUGUAUGUGUGGGGUGAAGUAUUAUGUAAUUCUUCCAGAACUUCCACUGAUAGUGCUAUUUGUCAUUUCAGUGCAAAAAAUGAUAUUCUGCUGCCUAAGCCGCUGGACUCCAAUGUCAUUUUGGAUAUUCAACAUGUUGCAUGCGGGGUCAAGCAUGCUGCUUUUGUUACAAGGCACAGAGAAGUAUUUACAUGGGGUGAAGAAUCUGGUGGUCGACUUGGUCAUGGAAUAGGGUUAGAUGCAGUUCACCCCCGUCUGGUCGAAUCUUUAUCAGCUUCUAAAAUUGAUUUUGUCGCUUGCGGGGAAUUUCAUACUUGUGCUGUUUCAACAAGUGGUGAACUUUAUACAUGGGGAGAUGGUGCUCAUAAGGCAGGUUUACUUGGUCAUGGUACAGAUAUUAGUCACUGGAUUCCUAAAAGAAUUUCUGGAUCCCUGGAAGGACUUCAAGUUGCAUUUGUUUCAUGUGGAACUUGGCACACAGCAUUGUUAACUACAGCAGGGCAGCUGUUCACAUUUGGUGACGGUACUUUUGGUGCUUUGGGCCAUGGAAACAGAGAGAGUGCAUUAUAUCCAAGAGAAUUAGAUUCUUUGAAUGGAUUGAAGACCAUUGCUGUUUCAUGUGGGGUCUGGCAUACAGCUGCGGUUGUAGAGGUUAUUGUAACACAAUCUAGUUCAUCAUCUGGGAAAUUGUUUACGUGGGGUGAUGGGGACAAGUUCCGCCUUGGGCAUGGUGACAAGGAACCUCGCCUUAAGCCCACUUGCGUGCCAUCAUUGAUUGAUUACAAUUUUCACAAGGUAGUAUGUGGUCAUAGUGUUACAAUUGGCUUGACAACUUCAGGCAAUGUUUUUACAAUCGGAAGCACUGUUUACGGUCAGCUUGGUAAUCCUCAUUCUGAUGGAAAGCUUCCAUGCUUAGUCGAGGAUAAGCUUGCGAAUGAGUUUGUCAAAGAGGUUGCUUGUGGUUCUUAUCAUGUCGCUGUUUUGACAUCGAGGAAUGAAGUUUAUACAUGGGGAAAGGGUGCCAAUGGACGAUUAGGCCAUGGAGACCUUGAAGAUCGAAAGACACCUAUGCUUGUUGAAGCUUUAAAGGACAGACCUGUGAAAAACAUAGCUUGUGGGGGGAAUUUCACGGCUGCCAUAUGCUAUCAUAAAUGGGUUAGUUCUGCUGAGAAAUCUCUAUGCACAGCCUGUAGACAACCAUUUGGAUUCACUCGCAAGAGGCAUAAUUGCUACAAUUGCGGUCUCAUACAUUGCCAUUCUUGCAGCUCAAAGAAAGCGUUGAGAGCUGCAUUGGCUCCUAAUCCAAAGAAACCAUACCGUGUUUGUGAUUCUUGUUAUGCGAAAUUGAGUAAAUCCAUUAAUUAUGGCGGAACGUAUGAAAAGAAAAGCCCUUUAGCUCGCUUGUCAGGUGAUGACAAAGCUGAUUUCAAAAUGCCCAAGGCUGCUUCACCUAUCAGUUUGGAUUCAGUUAAAAGUCUGGAUUCGAAGGUAAUUAAACAAUGGAAGAAAUCUGAUUCAUUACCAUUUGUUCGCCCUCAAAUUCCCUCACCUAUCAGUUUGCAUUCAGUUAAAAGUCUGGAUUCGAAGGUAACUAAACAAUGGAAGAAAUCUGAUUCAAUACCAUUUGUUCGCCCUCAAAUUCCCUCACCUAUCAGUUUGGAUUCAGUUAAAAGUCUGGAUUCGAAGGUAACUAAACAAGGGAAGAAAUCUGAUUCGAUACCAUUGGUUCGCCCUCAAAUUCCUCGCCCUCAAAUUUCUUCACUGUUACAGCGUAGAGAUGUUGCCUUUUCCGUUGUGCUUGACGUGCAAGAAGCAAAUCCCAGGUUAACUUACUUUCCAGUUGUUCAAUCCACAAAUCAUUCCAGAGCCAUUUCUCCAUUUAUAAGAAGGUCUAGCCCUCCACGUUCUGCUACACCCAUUCCUACCAUGUCAGGCCUUUCAUUCUCCAAAAGUAUAGCGGAUAGUCUUCAGAAAACAAAUGAGCUAUUAAACCAGGAAAUUCAAAAGCUGCGUGGCCAGGUUGAUAGCUUGAUGCAGCAGAGUGAAUUUCAAGAAUAUGAGUUGCAGAAGUCUGCGAAGAAAAUUCAAGAAGCUAUGGCAAUUGCUGCAGAGGAAUCUGCAAAGUCUAAAGCUGCAAAAGAAGUCAUAAAAUCUCUUACUGCGCAGCUCAAGGAUUUGGCGAAGAGAUUUCCGGCGGUCCUCAAUGACGCUGAUGCUACGAGUUGGAGCUACCUUCUUUCCAAUGGCGAUGGCUUCGACGCCCUUCAUCAUGACGAUUCAAUUGCAAGUCAAGAUUUGAUGAAUGGUUCAAACAAUGUUUCAAAGCAACUUCAUUCCUUAACAUCUCAGCCUGCUCCUACAGAUGGAAUUUCAGGACUGAAUGGCUUGAUCCUAAAUGUGAAUACUGAACAGGUUCCUAGUAAUGGAGAAGCACCUGUAUCCGGUUACUUGUAUAGAAAUGAUUCCAGGUCUUUCAUGGAAAAUAGUUCAAAGCCUAGCCCAACUUCAGAAAAUAACCAAGUUGAGGCAGAAUGGAUAGAACAAUACGAACCAGGUGUAUAUAUAACUCUCAUAGGCCUCAGGGAUGGUUCUCGAGAUCUGAAACGAGUGCGAUUCAGUCGGAGAAGAUUUGGGGAGAAGCAAGCUGAAUCAUGGUGGUCGGAAAACCGAUUGAAGGUGUAUGAGAAAUUCAAUGUUCGGGGCUCUUCUAACAGAUCCUCAGUUCUCUCGCUUUCGGCACAAUCAUAGAAAGUUUUAGGCUUCGUUGUUUGUGACGGCUUUCUUACUGCUUCUUAACACAGCUUUUUACUAUAAAAUUCUUAAUUUUUAAACUAAAAAGCUGUUUUAAGAAGUAAUAAAAAAGUCGUCCCAAACAAAACCUCAGUGUAUCAUAAAAGGCUAUCAUCAACAGUUUAGUUUCAGCAUUUGCCUUUUUCUUCGAGGGGUCUGGAAUUGACUAUCUGGAAGGUUAGUGAGAGAUAUUACUACAGUGUAGCCAUGUUUGUUGUUCAUCCUUUAACAUUAUAUCUGGCCUUUAUUUAUGCUAAUUGUAUCAAAAUAUGUAGAUAAAAUCGUCAAAUAGGCCUUCUGGGAAAGUAUAAACCCUAGUACAAUUUCAGUUGUGUAGAACUGGUCUUUUGGCUGCUUAAUUGUUUAAUAUGAUUCUUUCAUUUUCUAACUUUA